AUGCCGAUCUUUAAACGAAGUGAUAAGAACUUGGAGCUGCCCAUCUCGCAGCAUAGCCGGUACCAGCCGCGGCUGAAGGGGCGGUUUAGCCUGAAGAUGAACUACAAGCUAAAGCACGUGGCCAUGUUCGUGUGGGUGAUGAUAUGCGGCACGCUGGUGGUGCGACAGCUAGUGGGGAGCGGGGAGCGGGAGGUGAUCCUGGUGGAUAGGGAGGUGCCAAUGGAGGAGCGGGAGGUGUUUGUGGAUGUGUCGGACGAUGAGCGGGCGGCCGAGUGGGAGCCACAGGUGCUGGACGACCCGGAGUACUACGACUACGAGUUUGCUGCGGCCUCUGCGGAGCGGCUAGCAAAGUACGACGAGGGCUUCGAGCACUACUUUGUGACGCGCGAUGGCCAGAUUUCGCGCGAUGACCCGGAGUUUGAAGAACAAAUGGAGGAGCUGGUUUCGGCCACGGUCGAGCAGUACGACUUGCGCAACUACGAGGGCACGCCGAACGGCGCGGAAAACCGGGAGCACGUGCUGAUCUGUAUUCCGCUGCGUAACGCCCACCCUGUGUUGCCAAUGAUGUUCAAGCACCUGAUGAACCUGACGUACCCGCACGAGCUUAUAGAUGUGGCCUUCCUGGUCAGUGACUGCUCUGAGAACGACAAGACCCUUCAAAGCUUGAUGGAAUAUGCUACCUAUCUCCAGAAAGGCACUCUGAACAACGUGCUGGCUCGAGAGGAGGCCGAAAUCAAACGGUUGAAAGCGAAGCAUGGCAACGGAGGCGGUGACCUAUACUUGAAGUACAUGGAUCAAGAGUAUCUGCAGAUGGUCAGGGAUGCGUUUAGUCCCCCGUACCACGAGAACUAUGAGAAGCCCUUCCGGUCGGUGCAGGUGUUCAAGAAGGACUUUGGGCAGAAAAUUGGACAAGGAUUCAGUGACAGACAUCACGUCAAGGUCCAGGGGAUCAGGCGUCGUCUGAUGGGCAGAGCGCGCAACUGGCUCACUGCAAACGCUUUGAAGCCAUAUCACUCUUGGGUAUACUGGCGCGACGUGGACGUGGAACUAUGUCCUGGCUCAGUCAUUGAAGACUUGAUGUCCAUCGGUUAUGAUGUCAUUGUGCCUAACGUUUGGAGACCGCUACCGGAAUUUCUGGGGGGUAAGCAGGGCUAUGACCUGAACUCGUGGAUCGAGUCAACAGAUGCUUUGAACCUUGCCAAAAAGCUUGAAGAAGAUGACGUGAUUGUAGAGGGUUAUGCAGAAUAUGCAACAUGGAGGUUCCAUCUCAUAACUGCCAGAGAAGCUAAGGGGAACCCCAGGGAAGUGAUAGAUCUUGACGGCGUGGGCGGUGUAUCGAUCUUGGCGAAAGCAAAGCUAUUCCGGCAGGGCGCGCAUUUCACUGCGUUUGCAUUUGAAAACCACGCCGAAACGGAAGCUUUCGGCAAGAUGGCGAAAAAAAUGGGCUACAAAGUUGGUGGGUUACCGCAUUAUACACUGUGGCACAUAUAUGAGCCUAGUGAUGAUGACAUUAUGGAUAUCGCUAGACGGGAAAGGGAAAAUAGAAGAUCAUAA